AUGGUCGAAACCGACCUGCUUCCCCGCAUUGGGGCCGCGCUCCAAUGGGCGAUCGAGUCGCCGUCCCACAUUGCCAUCUCAGUCAUCGGCGCGAUCGUCCUGUUCCAUCUGGUUCCAUACAUCACCAACACCGCCAUCAUCAAGUAUCCCGGACCUUUCCUCGCCAAGUUCACCGACUUUUGGCUGAUGAGGACCGCCAUGGUCGGUCACCGUUUCGAACACGUUCACAAGCAGCAUCAGAAGUACGGCAAAUUCGUGCGUAUCGCUCCCAACCACGUCUCCAUCGCCGACCAUGAGGCGCUGCAGCCCGUCUACGGUCAUGGUACCGGCACGCUCAAGCCCGCCUACUACGACGCCUUUGUACCUCCUAAGCCCUUCCCACGCGGCCUGUUCAACACGCGUGAUCGUGCCGAGCACACGCGCAAGCGAAAGAUUGUGUCGCACACGUUUGCACCCAAGACCAUCAUUGCUUUCGAGCCGUUCAUCCGACGAGAGGUGCAGCUGCUGCUCGAGCGAUGGGACGAAUUCUGCGACAAGGCGGCCAAAGACAACAAGGAGAGUCCUCGAGGAAUCAAGGGUCGUGCAUGGCUCGAUUCGCUCAUGUGGCUCAACUACUUUGCGUUUGACACGAUCGGUGCACUCGCCUUUGGCAGCACGUUUGGCAUGCUCGAGAACGGUGUCGACGAAGCCAAGGUCGAGUACGAGGAUGCCAACGGAAACAAAAAGGUUGACUACUGUUCUGCCGUCAAGAUCAUCAACGAGCGUGGCGAAUACUCGGGCACGAUGGGACUGGCGCCUGUUUGGUUGCGACCGUAUCUGCUCAAGCUGCCCUGGUUUUCCAAGAGGUUGACGUCGGUCAAGAAGCUCACUGGUAUUGCGCUUGCUCGAGUCAAUGAUCGUCUGCAGAAUGGAUCGGAACGAGAAGACUUGCUGGCCAAACUGCAGUCUGCCAAGGACGACCGAGGCGAGCCGAUGGGCAAGAUGGAAUUGACCGCCGAGGCACUCACCCAACUCAUUGCUGGAUCCGAUACUACGUCCAACACCUCGUGCGCCAUCGUUCACCACCUGGCCACCCACCCCGACAAGAUGCGAAAACUGCAGGCCGAGCUCGACCGCGAGUUGGAGCACGCCGAGGACGUUCCGCUGCACAGCGACGUUCAGGAACUACCUUAUCUGCAGGCGGUGCUGAACGAGUCGCUGCGAUUCCACUCGACAUCAGCCAUCGGUCUUCCUCGCGUCAUCCCCGAGGGAGGAGCUACGGUUUGUGGUGAACGCUUCCCCGCUGGCACGAUCCUUUCGGUACCCGCCUUCACGCUGCACCGCGACAAGUCGGUGUUUGGCGAGGACGCGGAAGAGUACAACCCGGAUCGAUGGCUCGCGCCUAACGCCAAGCGUGAUUUCGAGAAAGCCUUCAUUCCGUUCUCCGUCGGACCUCGUGCAUGUGUUGGACGCAACGUGGCCAUGAUGGAACUGUCGGUGCUGAUCGCUGCCAUCUUCCGCAGGUACGACAUUGUCCUCGCUGAGCCGGAAAAGCCGCUCGAGACGUUUGAAGGUUUCCUGCGUAAACCGGUCCAGCUCGAGAUUGGACUCAAGCGACGCACUUGA